AUGAACAAAUUCUAUUCGGUGCAGCCGGUGCAGCCGGAGAACGGGAGCAAAGCCAAAGAAUCCUUCAAGUUCGUGUCGGAGGGGAAGAGGGAUGAACGGGCGGCCGCUGGAGAGGAGCCAUCGCAGCCCUCCUGUUGCCUCAGUGUGAAGAAGAUCUACUACACAGUCAGUGAGCGUGUGGGUCCGUGGUGGGACUUACCCUCCUUCAGGAAGCGAUGGACUCGUCAGAUCCUCAAUGAUGUCUCCUUCCACGUGGACAGCGGGCAGAUCAUGGGCAUACUGGGCAAUUCAGGCUCAGGAAAGACCACACUGUUGGACGCCAUCUCGGGGAGGAUUGGAAACUGUGGCAAACUGUCGGGUGAGGUCUUCGUUAACGGCAGGAAACUGAAGAGAGAUGAGUAUCAGGACUGCUUCUCCUAUGUGCUGCAGAGCGAUAACUUGUUGAGUUAUCUGACCGUGGAGGAGACUCUGACCUACACAGCUCAGCUGGCCCUGCGGAAACACUCAGCCAAAGCUAUAAAGAAGAAGGUGUUGGCGGUGAUGGCCGAGCUGAGUCUGGGUCAUGUGGCUCACAGUGUCAUCGGGGGUCGCGUUUUCCCGGGGAUCUCGGGGGGCGAGAGGAGGAGGGUCUCCAUCGCCAGCCAGCUGCUUCAGGACCCGAGGGUGAUCCUAUUGGACGAGCCGACCACUGGCCUGGACAGCAUGACCGCCAAUCAGAUUGUGGUGCUGCUGGCCGAGCUGGCCAGGAGGAAUCGUGUCGUCAUAGUAACCAUCCACCAACCGCGCUCCGAGCUCUUCAGGGUGUUUAGCAGGAUCGCCAUAAUGAGUCGUGGGGAGCUGGUGUUCUGCGGGCAGCCACAGGAGAUGGUGGACUUCUUCAGCCAGCGGGGAUACGAGUGUCCGGAGUACUGCAACCCCUUUGACAUCUAUGUCGACUUCACCUCGGUGGACACGCGCAGCAGUGAGAGGGAGGCGGCCACCUUCAGUCGCAUGCACGAGAUCACGGCGUCCUAUCAGAAGUCGGCCAUCUACGACAGCAUGCUGGGAAAAGUGGAGCGGAGCCUGCAGCGGGCGGACAAGCCGGCCAUCCCCUUCAAGAGCAAAGAGUCCCCCUGCGGGGCCACCAAGCUGGAGGUUCUGCUCAGGCGGACGGCGAGGAACCUGUCCCGAGACAGGAUGGGUGUCCUGAUGCGCUUGUCGCAGAACCUGAUCUACGGCCUCUUCGUGGCCUUCUUCGUGAUGCAUUUAGACAAAGACGUCAACAAGGGCGCCGUGCAGGACCGCAUCGGCAUCAUCUAUCAGAGCAUCGGGGCUUCGCCGUACACCGGCAUGCUGAACGCUGUCGCUCUCUUCCCGGCGUUGCGAGCCAUCGGCGACCAGGAGAGUCAGGACGGCCUGUACAGUAAAUGGCAAAUGUUCUUAGCCUACAUCUUCCACAUCCUUCCCUUCAGCAUCCUGAGCGUUUUCAUCUUCACCUCCUUCCUUUACUGGACGGUGGGGAUGAACCCUGACAGCUUGCGCUUCCUGUGUUAUUCUGCCGUCGUCCUGGUGCCACAUAUCAUAGGUGAGUUGCUGACUGUGGUGCUGUUGGGAGUGUUCCACGACCCUAACAUGGUCAACACGGGAGUGGCUCUGCUCAACAUCGCAGGGAUCUUAGUGGGAUCCGGUUUCCUCAGGGGCACCCAGCAGAUGCCGAUGGUCUUCCAGUGGCUCAGCUACCUCACCUUCCAGAAGUACAGCUGCGAGCUGCUCAUAGUCACCGAGUUCCACGGACUCAACUUCACGUGCAAUAGUUCCAGUCCUUUGCCGGGAGCCUGUAUAAUCACUGAGGGCGAUCAGAUCAUCGAUGAAGGAUAUCCUGGAGCUCUGUCGCGAUUCACGCUCGACUUGGUCCUCCUCUACUCCUUCCUCCCUGCUCUCCUGCUGCUGGGCAUGAUCAGCUUCAAGAUCAGAGACAAGCUUGUACGCCACUAAAUCCACAGACACACGUUCGUUGAUUAGAAUAAAAGUGUUAUUAGGUUGGAGCAAUGAUUAAAGUACAGAGAGCUUUUACUAGCAAACAACGGCAGUGCAGGAUGCAAAGUGUACAACCGGGUUACUGUGGGACGCGUCCAGGGACGGACCCCAUCGAACCUGCUGCUUUAUCACCGAAUCAGACAACGUCUGAGAGGUGCAGCACAGAUUAAACUAUGUUUAUGUUGAAUGUGUUCAUUUUUUAUUGAACAAUAGAUACAAAGUACUUUUAAGCUAAAGCUUCAAAACAAAAUCACCAGUUUGAUUCCUCUGUGAAUCAUCUUACCCCAUUUUAAGCACAAAAAUGUCACUUAUAUAUUACGUUUUUUUAAUAUUGUGAUGUGUCAAUAAGUAAUAGUAAUGCUUAUUGCAAUGUGGUAAAAAUGUUGUUCAUGAGUAUAGAAGUUGUUUUGUUUUGUUUAAAAUAGCAAAUGACACAAAAUGAAAUAAAUAAAGCAAAUUGCAUACUGUAUUUACAUUCAUGUGUGUGUGUGAUCAUAAAGCUGGUUGUCUCAUGUCU